UCACCUUCGCCGCCUCGAGCGUCAGUCGACCGGGAGCACACCUCAGGUGAGAGAGACACGACGGAAAAUGUAUUGAUUCUAAAACUCCUCCAUCAUGAAGAAAGUUUUCACCGCCGAACAGAUUUCAGACUGGUUCACCUCGGGGACCACGUUUGUAAACAUCAAACUUACAGAAGAAGUGGCUGAAAAGAAGUUCGAGGAACCAGCGUCGAGAGAGACCAGGCCAUCAGAGGUUCCUGAUGACAGAACUCUGAAAAAUGUGAACUCCGUUGGGAGCUUCCAAAAACCAGAACCUGCAGGGAGUGCUGCUCCUCCUCCACUCGCCAGCUACGAGUACCCCAGUUUGCCCAUAACCAAAGACAGACGGGAGCUGAUUUCCCUCAUAGAAAACAACUCUGUAGUGAUUAUUCGAGGAGCCACAGGCAGUGGCAAGACCACCCAGCUGCCACAAUAUAUUCUGGACCACUACAAUGCGAAAAAUGCCUCAUGCAACAUUGUGGUCACCCAACCACGCAAGAUUGGGGCGACCAGUAUUGCUCGGUGGGUCGCCACACAGCGGAAGUGUACCCUGGGAAGUCUGGUGGGAUAUCAGGUUGGACUGGAGAAGAUGGCUACCGAGCACACCCGCCUAAUCUACAUGACUACAGGAGUGCUGCUGCAAAAGCUGGUUUCCGCCAAGUGCCUCACAGAGUUCUCACACAUAUUUGUAGAUGAGGUUCAUGAGCGCACUGAGGAGAUGGACUUCCUCUUACUGGUGUUGAGAAAACUCCUCAAUUCCAACUCUCGUUAUGUCAAGAUUAUCCUCAUGUCAGCCACCAUUAACUGCAGACAGUUUGCUGAGUACUUUGGCACCCCGAUUCGGGGCAAGAUGAACCCAGCCUGUGUGCAGGGGGCACCCUAUGCCAUUGAAGAGUUCUAUCUGGAUGACCUCCACAAACUGUUUCCAUACAGGAUUGACUUGCAUCAUCCUGACGACCCUCAUAUCUCAGCAGAGAUCUACAAUCUUGCCAUCAGUCUCAUCCAGAGCUUUGACGAGUCGGAGGGCAAAUAUUCCAGCCAAGCUAUGAAAGAAAGUGGACUGACUUCGUCAGAGAGAGGCAGCGUUCUUGUUUUUCUUCCUGGUAUACAUGAGAUAAGCUACAUGCAGGAGGCCUUGGCCAAGCUGGUCCACAAAAGAUUGCAGGUUUAUCCUCUCCACUCCACCGUGACUCUGGAGGAGCAGAACGGUGUGUUCCUGCUCCCUGUCCCUGGAUACAGAAAGGUCAUCCUUUCCACCAACAUCGCAGAGAGUUCGGUGACAGUGCCAGACGUCAAAUAUGUGAUUGACUUUUGCCUGGCCCGUCAAUUGGUUUGUGACCAAGAUACCAAUUAUCAGUGUCUGCGUCUUACAUGGGCAUCCAAAACCAACUGCAACCAGCGCAGGGGUAGGGCAGGACGAGUGUCUAAAGGCUACUGUUACCGCCUUGUCACGAAAGAGUUCUGGAGAAGUGAAAUCCCAGACUACAUGAUCCCUGAGAUGCUGCUUGCCCCUUUGGCCACCAUCAUGCUGAAAGUGAAGCUGCUGGAUAUGGGAGAUCCCCGCUCCGUCCUCUCGACAGCCCUUUCACCACCUAACCUUGCUGACAUAGUGAGAACCAUUCUCCAACUCAAAGAGAUGGGCGCACUGUCUGUGAAGAGUGUCGGCAAGGAUCAUAAUGAGGAUGGUGAGCUGACAUUCCUGGGUCGAGUGCUGGCCCACUUGCCUGUGGACCUGUACCUGGGGAAGAUGAUUGUCCUGGGCCAUGUCUUUGGCUGCCUGGAUGAGUGCCUCAUCAUAGCUGCCUCGCACUCUCCAAAGAGCUUCUUUGCCAUACCAUCGAUGCAGCAGCUUGCUGGCCACAGGAGCAAGUUGGCCUUUGCCCGUGGAACACCGAGUGAUUCCAUAGCUUUUGUCAAUGCCUUCAAGGCAUGGUACUCAGCCAAAAAGAAUGGACAACUGAGACAUCCAAAGGACGAGCUCUACUGGGGAAAAGAGAAUUUCAUUCAGAUCAAGAGGAUCAGGGAGGUUGCAGAGCUGUACGAGGACCUAAAGAAACGCGCGUCACAGUUCAACAUCAAUGUGCCGGACAGCAGUCAGCCAUCAGACUACACCAGCACCCACAGGCAGAAGUUCAUUCUUCAGGUUGUCAUUGCUGGUGCCUUCUACCCCAACUACUUCGUACAGGGGGAAAUGGAUGAAGACCUUGCCUCCCGAGAAUUAAGUGGCUUCAACCCCAGAACAACAGUGAUGUUGAGGAGUCUCCCUCCAUUCAGUUUCCUGUACUAUAAGCAGCUGCAGUCUCUGUUCCGCCUGUGUGGACAAGUCAAAGCCAUUUCCUUCGAGAGCUCCAGAGCGUACGUGGAGUUCUACAGGACAUCUCAAGACUCCGGAGUUCUGCCUGAGGUGUCCCUUGCACUUCUCCUGGCCCAGCAGAGGCCUUCGAUGGAGCUCUCUGUUUACCACACUGAACAAAUCGAAAAAUGUGCUGGCAACAGACACAUAAUUCACAUGAGAUAUGCACGGGUGGAUGUAGACUUCCAGAGCCAGUCUGUCUCCCCCGUCGGAGUGCUGAGCAGCACUGCUGAUCCAGACAAGCUACCCCCUAACCCCUUGUUUGUUGUGAACAUCACCGAGGUGGUGGAUGUGGGACAUUUCUGGGGGUUCCAGGCAGAUGAAGCCAGCUUAGAGAAGCAGCGCCACCUGACAGCCGAGAUUAACAAGCGCACACUGCAUCCUGUAACUGUGUCACUCUAUCCCAACCUGAGGUGCCUGGCUCCUUACUCUGAAGUCGCAGAGCCGAGCCUGUACUACCGCGCCAAGAUCCUGCACAUCCGCGGCAACACAGUGGAGGUUUUCUUCUUGGACUUUGGCAACACAGCCAACACUGCCUGCAGCAGCCUCAGAGAGCUGCCUUCUGACCUCCUGUCUCACCCUUUCCAGGCUCAUGAGUUUCAAGUUUGUGGAAUGCGUCCAUCAGCCCAGUCCAUCAUCCUGGGGGACCAGUGGAGCAGCCGAGCCCGCGAUCGCUUCCGCACACUGGUCAAUGGCAAUUCGUUCAUAGUGUCACUGUACUCCAUCCUCCACAAUGUCAUGCGUGUUGAGCUGCUCAUCAACACGGAGACGACAAACACCAGCGUGGCAGACAUCUUGGUGGAGGACGGACAUGCUCUGAAGGUUGAAGAAAGCUUUGAUUCCAAGCAAAACAACGGGGUGCUGAUGUCCCUGUACAAGGACAUGGAGACGGGUAUGUAUGUCCCCGAUGCUACCAGCAGCUGCUGGAAGGAUCGCAAGAAAGAGGAGAAGGAACUCAUCGAUGAUCUGCUCGCUCACUUUUCCAAGAACAGCCAGUCUAUUUCCAAGACAAAGGUCCAUCUGAAUGGACCAAGAAGUCCUCACAUGAUAAACUUCCACAGCUUGAGCAACAACGUCUACUACAAGACAGUGUGUAUCGAGAGGGACAGCAUCAACUCUCUGGCCCUGAAUGAAAACCCUCACUACAAACAUCAGAGGAUGCUGGUGGCCAGAACUGUGUCAGUCAACUCCACAGGUACGUGCAUUCUCCUGAGAGACACCUCCCUCAUGCCAGAUAUUCCUGGACUUCCUGCACUCGUCACCAUGCUCUUCACCCCCAUCAUGGAGUUACGCACUAAUGAAGAGAGGACCUGCUACACCGGUGCCCUCUGUGGGUUGGGUUGGAACAGUCAAACGCAGGAGGGCAUCCUACCUGAGCGAGACGUUGAGCUCACUUUUGACGUCAAGUUUGAUGUUGAUGACAUCACCAAGAUAAAUGCCUUACGAGUGGCUAUAAACCGUCUGGUGUGCGACGGGCCCUGUGGCACUCUGCACCUGGGGCCUGACAAGAUUGGCCACCUGCAGGAGGAAUGUCGGGACAGCCUCAUCAGACUGUUCACCGACUCGCCCCCCAGGGAAGCUGUCGCUCCGCUGUACUACGAGAAACGGGGGAAAUGGAACCAGGUGGAUCCCUCUGUGAGGAUGGACAUCGUGGAGUCUGGAGGUGCGAAGACGAGAGGCGUUCUCUACCAGCUACAUCCGGUCACUCUGCUCAACACCUAAAAAGGCACUGGAAUCCACCUUUUGUGUUGAACUGAUUCUAAUGUUGUAAAUCCAGCAGUUGCCAGGAAUUUUAAUUUCAUGUUCAGAGAAUUUUGUUUGACAUUUGUUUUAUGUUUAAAUUAAGCUGUAGCGUUUGGUAGCACAGUGAAAUAUUUAAAACCCUUUCUUUGUUGUUUAACCAGUUGGCUGCUCACAUAUAUAUAUAUAAUGCACUGUUCAGUGAUGAGAUUCAUCAUGUACAGCCUGUUGUGACAUUGUUUCAGCAGUGGGCCAUUAAAAACAGUUGUUUGCAACAGA